UACUAAUACCUUCACAGUAGACAAGACUUCACUCAGCUCAAGCCAGAAAAAUGCUGAAAGUAACACUAAUUACGGUGUUACUUUGCCUUGCAAGAACUGCAUGGUCAGAAGAUACUUUUGAGUCUGAAGGAGGAAGCAUUCGUGGUCCUAGAAUAAUUGAACCUAAAACCUCAAGUGACUGCAAGCAGGAUAAGAACUGGCCUAUCUGUGCAGAUGAAGACUGGGGCCCCAAAUGUCCAUCUGGAUGCAGAAUUCAAGCUUUGGCUUCCCAAUCAGAUAAAGAUUUUGGCAAGAGACUUGAUGCUAUCAGACAGAAAUUAAAAGAUGGUGAAGUCAAUUACAAGAGCAUAGAUGUGAGAACCAAGGAAACAUAUGAGUUCAUAAAGGAUAACUUGGUCCAGGCACAACAGAGCGACGGUAAAUAUAGCCAAGUGUCUGAAGACUUACGAAAUAAAAUUGAAAUUUUAAAGAUGAAAGUUUCUAACCAACUUCAAAGGAUCAAAUUACUGCAGACAAGCAUCAGAGAUCAGGUUGUGGAAAUAAAACGGCUUGAGGUGGAUAUUGAUAUCAAACUUCGGGCCUGCAAGGGAUCUUGUGCAAAGGCUGUUGACUACAAAUUUGACAGUGACAGUUUUGAUAACAUCCAAAAGCAACUUUUGCAAGCUGAGUCCACUAACUUGAAACCCGAGACCAAUGCAUUGAGGGUUCUAAAAAUGAGGCCAAUUAAAGAUUCCACGGUUGAUCCACGUUACAAAGCACUAGCUCAACAGAAAGACCUUGAAACACAGCUGUCAAUAUUCCCUAACCUUAAUCAAUACUCAUUUGUAUUAGAAGGGAAACAGAAAGAGGUAACGGGCCAUACUUCACCUGUCAUCUAUACAUCUGGUGGCGGGAAAGAGGUUGUAAGUCAGGGGGUUGACAAAAAUGGGCAGUCAGGUAAAGAAGUAUCAGGGUCAGUCACUACUAGUUCUAGAGUUGUUUCAUGCUCUAAAACAGUCACAAAGAAAAUUAUUCAUGGACCCGAUGGACCUAAGGAAGAAGUAGUGGAAUCAGUAACUGGUGGGCCAGAGUGUGAAAGAUUAGCACAUCUUAAGGAGCAAGGAAAGGGCACAUUUGGACCUGAUGGCACCUACAAUAUACGAAUCACUGGAAGUGAAGGUUUAAAAGAUAUCAGUAAGUUGCCAAGCUUUGAAGAAUUUCUUAGCAGCGGAGUUGGUGGCAAAACUCAAACUAGCCACACCAGUAGUAGUGUAAGUUCUGGUUCAACUUCUAAAACAAGUCACUCAAUACUAACUCCUGAUGCCUUUAAAGAUUUGGGAGAGGAAGAAUUUGAUGAGUUUAGCCAUGCAGACCUUGGCACCCCAAGCUUUACAUCAAAGAAAACACAAACACAGUACGGCACUAAUGGAGGCUCAUCCUCAUUCAGCAAGACGGUGAUCUCCAGCAGUGGAACCAGUAAAGGUGGUUCUGAGUGGGAUACAAAACGCUUGAAGAGCGCUCCAGUGUUUGACGACCUUGGGCCUAUUGAUCAUGAAAACAGCGAAGAAGACAUGCCUAAUUUAAAUGCUCGCAGUGUGAAAAAAGAAGUGAAAUUGGUUGCUGAUUAUACUGGUACAGACUGUGAUGAUAUCCGCCAAAAACACAGUUCUGGUGGCAAAAGUGGCAUUUUCAAUAUCAGGCCACAAGGAUCCAAUAAGGUGCUUUCUGUCUAUUGCGACCAAGACACACAAUUGGGAGGAUGGCUUUUGAUUCAACAGAGGGAAGAUGGAUCUGUGAAUUUUAACAAGACCUGGAAAGACUACAAGUAUGGAUUUGGCAGUAUGGAUAGCAAUGGAAAUGGAGAACUCUAUUUGGGCAAUGAGUACAUCCAUUUACUGACCCAAAAGGACUCAAUUCUCAGAAUUGAAUUAGAAGACUGGUCUGGAGAGAAGGUUUAUGCUGAAUAUAAUUUUAAACUAGGACCUGAGUCAGAGGGUUAUGUUCUUAAAGUGUCUGAGUAUGGUGGCAAUGCGGGGGAUGCUUUGAUAGAAGGUUCCAAGGAUGAUGGGGAAUACACUUCUCAUGUUAACAUGAAGUUUAGUACUUAUGAUAGGGACAGUGAUAAGUGGGAAGAGAACUGUGCAGAGAUGUAUGGUGGAGGCUGGUGGUAUAACAACUGCCAAGCUGCGAACCUUAAUGGAAUUUACUAUUCAGGAGGUCAGUAUGAUCCCAGGAACAGUGUUCCAUAUGAGAUAGAAAAUGGAAUUGUGUGGGUACCUUUCAAGGCAGCAGAUUACUCUCUUAAAAUUGUCAAGAUGAAAAUUCGGCCAGUAGAAACCACAGAAUAAGAUAUAUUUGAUAGCCCUGCACUCCCUUUGAAAGUGUUGUAUUAUGUGUUUUUUUUAUUUCUGGCUUAAUGUAUGAUAUUAACUGUACCUGAAAAAAAGAAAACUAAA